AUGGAGGACCAGUCAGAUAGGGCUUUUAGUGCUGUUUGGAGAAGUGCUACAGUAGUUUUGAUAUUAGCUCCUCUGCAAUAUAUGUUGCAAUCAUCGGCGAAUAGUGUGCAUUUUAUGGGAGGCUUUAUGUUAUUAAAUAUGUCAUUAAUGGCAACGAGAAACAAUGUGACACUUAUUGAUGAUCCUUGCGGUAGUCCGUUCUCAAUGUCUAGAUGUUCGGAAAGUGUAUUGCCUAGUUUUACCUGGAUUUUUCGAUCUAGAAGGAAAUUGUGA